AUGGUCGCGGUGAAGCAGAUUGCCCUGCUUGCGGGCCUUGCCCACGUGGCGGACGCUGCGACAAAGGCCAUCACCGAUGACACUUACUUCUAUGGCCAAUCGCCCCCUGUUUAUCCGUCACCCGAAAUGACUGGUGGAAAUGAGUGGGAGGCGGCGUAUCAAAAGGCCAAAUCCUUUGUUGGCAAGUUGAGUCUGGAGGAAAAGGUCAAUCUCACAGCCGGUGUCCCCCCCAACACUACCUGCAGUGGUGUUAUUCCUGCCAUUGAGCGUCUCAAGUUCCCCGGCAUGUGCCUGAGCGAUGCUGGCAAUGGUCUUCGCAACACGGACUUUGUCAGCGGAUUCCCCAGCGGAAUCAGCGUUGGUGCCAGCUGGAGCAAGGACUUGGCUUUCCGGCGUGCCGCUGCCAUGGGUGCCGAGUUCAAGAAGAAAGGUGUCAAUGUCCUGCUUGGUCCUGUUGUUGGCCCUGCUGGACGUAUCGUACGAGGAGGGAGAAACUGGGAAGGCUUCUCCGUCGACCCCUGGCUGGCGGGAGUCUUGGUUUCUGAGACCGUUUCUGGCAUCCAAGGGCAGGGCGUCAUUACGAGUACCAAACAUUACAUUCUCAACGAGCAGGAAACUCACCGGACGCCGGAUGCGAACGUCUCUGCUGUGUCUUCCAACAUUGACGACAAGACGCUGCAUGAGUAUUAUUUGUGGCCCUUUCAAGAUGCAGUGAGAGCAGGCAGUGGAAACAUCAUGUGCUCUUACCAGCGUAUCAAUAACUCGUACGGUUGUUCCAACAGCAAGACUUUGAAUGGCCUCCUGAAGACUGAGCUUGGCUUUCAGGGGUUUGUUGUUUCCGACUGGGGCGCUCAGCAUGCCGGAGUGGCUUCUGCAGAAGCUGGUCUGGAUAUGGCCAUGCCCGGACCGGCCGAAUUCUGGGGCGAGCAUCUGGUUGAGGCCGUGAAGAAUGGUUCAUUGCCUGAGUCACGGAUAACGGAUAUGGUAACGAGAAUCAUCGCCGCCUGGUAUCGGCUCGAUCAGGGCAGCGGCAUCCCAAAGCCGGGAAUCGGUAUGCCGUCCAAUGUCCUGGAUCCUCACGAGAUUGUUGAUGGGCGAGAUCCUGCCGCUGCACCGGUUCUUCUCAAUGGCGCCAUUGAAGGUCACGUCCUCGUCAAGAACACCAAGAAUACGCUGCCCCUGAAGAAGCCGAGAAAGCUCUCCUUCUUUGGUUAUUCAGCCACGACUCCCGACUUUUUCAGUCCGUCCAGGGAUGCGCAGCUCAGCAACAGCUGGAUCACAGGUACGGAGGCGGUCAACUCCAACUAUCUCUCGCCGGAUGGGUUCGCUACAUUUGGCAGAAACGGCACCAUGUUCGGCGGCGGUGGCUCUGGCGCCAUCACGCCCGCACUCGCACUCGCCCCCUUCGAGGCUCUGAAGUGGAAGGCUGCUCAAGAUGGAACGGCGAUAUUCAACAACUUCCUAUCAGACAGGCCGGAUGCUGACCCAACCUCUGACGCGUGCAUCGUCUUUGGUAACGCAUAUGCCUCUGAAGGAAACGACCGGCCGGCGAUUCGGGAUGACUACACAGACGAUCUGAUCAAGGCGGUGGCCGACCAGUGCAACAAGACCAUUGUUGUCCUCCACAAUGCAGGCAUUCGGUUGGUCGACGGUUUUGUUGACCAUCCAAACGUCACAGCAGUCAUCUUUGCGCAUCUACCAGGUCAGGAGAGCGGGCCAGCGCUCACCUCGCUUCUCUAUGGCGAAACCAGUCCUUCCGGUAGGCUGCCGUACACUGUUGCGAAGAAUGAUACCGAUUACGGCAACGUCCUUGAUCCGGCACAGGCGACGGGCGAGUUUGUCAACUUCCCCCAGGCCGACUUCAAGGAGGGCAUCUACCUCGACUAUCGCCACUUUGACAAGGAGGGCAUUGAACCUCGCUAUGAGUUUGGCUUUGGGCUGAGCUACACAACCUUUGCGUACUCCAACUUGUCCAUCAACCAUGUUCCGGGGGCAAACACGUAUCCAUGGCCUGGAGGCCCCAUUGUCAGCGGUGGACAAACCGACCUCUGGGAUGCCAUUGCCACCGUCAGCGUUGAUAUCCGGAAUACGGGCAGCGUGGCAAGCUACGAAGUGGCACAGCUCUACAUUGGCAUUCCAGGAGCUCCAGCGAAGCAACUCCGUGGGUUUGAGAAGCCGUUCUUGCGCCCCAACGAGUCACAGUCGGUGACGUUUCAUCUCACGAGGAGAGAUUUGAGCGUUUGGAGCGUGGAGAGGCAGAAGUGGCAGCUGCAGCAAGGCACGUACAACUUUUACGUUGGGAGCAGCAGCAGACUAUUGCAUCUUAAUGGGACGCUGGAUUUCUGA